AUGCCACCCCCGCCCGACCCCUUCCACGUCCUCCGGACCCACUCCGCUUCUCUGGCGUCCAUCGCUUUUGGUGGCGGCAACACCCUUCUUUACUCGGGAGGCCAGGACGGAUUCGUUUCCAUCACGGAUCUCCGAACGCGGCGGUCUAUACUCUUUUGGAAAGCGCACGAAGGGGGCGUGUUGGGUGUGGGCGAGUGGGACGGGCGUCUUAUCACUCAUGGCCGAGACAACCUCAUCCACAUAUACGACCGCCUCCCCCUUGUCCGGCGAGCGGGACAGCUGAAUGGCGCACCCACCUCCGGGUCCGGCCUGGAGAUAUGGAAAUCCCUCAGUGUCAACUCGCUCAACUUCUGCGGAUUCACCUUGCUCCCCAUCCCCGUCUCGACAUCCGUUCCGGCUUCGUCGGGGUCGAGCUCGGCCGGUGCACGGGCAAAAGGAGACGGAGAGGCGGAAGCUCUCCUAGCAGUCCCAAACCUUCUCGAUACAGAGCUCGCGGACAUCUACCACUUACCGUCGAUGCGCCGACUACACGCGGGGGUGAAUACGCCCAAAGCCAACCAGAAGGGCAAGGCCAAGGCGGGUCCGGCGGACGCGACGCGCUCGGGGUUGAUCAUGUCCCUUCAUCUGCGCUUCUUACGCUUGGAAGCGGCCAUGGCAUCGUCGUCGUCAAAGCACGGAGAUAGGGAGCAGGGAAAGCUGGUGCUUGUGCUGGGAUACGAGGAUGGACGGGUGGACAUGUGGGGCAUGCCAGUGGAUACCGGCUCAACCGAGGGAGGAGAGGAAAGCUGGCGCGCAUUCUCAGAUGGGAGCGGGCAGGUGGGGAAGCGGGGAUGGGAGGUCAUGUGGAGUGGGAAGGGGCAUAAUGAGGCUGUGAUGGCUAUGGCUGUUUCGUCUGAUGCGAGGUAUGCGUAUACCGUCUCGGCGGACCAUCUGCUGGUGAAAUACGAUAUGGCGCGACUGACCCUUCAGGCGCUCACAGACCCCUCCUCCCAGAAUCUUGUCACCUCCUUCUCUACCAAACAAAUCGGCAAUGCGUCCCUCGCAAUCUCCUCGUCCGACACCAUCCUUGCAGUAGGUGGAUGGGACGGCAAAGUCCGCCUCUUCUCAGCUGCAUCGGGCAAGCCACUCGGGACGCUGGGAUAUCAUCGCGAGACGGUGCAGUGCUUGGCCUUUCCCCAGGGAGCGGAGGAGGAGACGGGGGAGGCGGAGGUGCUGCCGGACCCUAGUACGAUUGAGCUGGGGGAGGAGGACAGUGAUGACGACGAUGGGCCAGGGGGACGAGGGGGAGGGAAGGAGAGGUGGUUCGUUUCGGGAGGGAAAGAUAGGCGGGUCGCGCUGUGGGAGUUGAUGGACUUUACUAGAGUGGAAGGCGGGGGCUGA